AUGAUUGCGUCAAAGAUAAGAGGCGUCAUCUGGAAUGAGCUCGUUAUGAGCUCAUUUACUAUCGACACGGACGCGAUGAGUCGCCUCCUUGGAGGUGAGCUCUCUCUCCAGCUUCUUCUCUGCUCGGGACUGUGGCGGGACUCUGCUCCCGCGCGGGAGCCGUGAGGAAAACCUUAGGAUGCUUAGAUUAUAUGUCAUUUGCAAUUAAUUUAGAGUAGUUCGGUCGAAAAUGUUAUUCAAUUCUUGCAAACACCGCCUGUUUGACUAAGCAAUCAGCUUUCCACUUUUUGAACAUAAGGAUCAAAACUAGAACAAGAAAAACUCGAAUCUUUUUUUGAAUGCCAGAGUCCUGCAGUCUUGAGCAUCUUCCUGAGUUUAAUGGGAUUUAUUUCUAUAAUGCGCCUUCAAAACUUCAAAAAUAUGAAUAACUCUCAUACUGGUGGGGUGAAAAUUAAAACAAAAAAAAACUCGAAUCUUUUUUUCCGAAUAAUUUUUUUUUCCAAGAGAUGAGCUGAUCAUGAUUAUAGCUGAUUCACGGCUGUCUUGAGUCAUCGAAAAAAGAGUCCUGACACGAUAAUGUACGAGAUAGCACCAUGCUCGUGGGGAGCGCAGACAGAACACGCCCCCCUAGCGUCCAAGCUAGCCGCGGCUCAAAAAUAUAGCUGAUUCACGGCUAGCCGUAAAUCAGCUAUAUUCUUGCUUUCGACUUUCUGUAAACCGCCUUCCCGAAGCUUCACAAAAAUUAUAUCAAAAGUGUCUCAACAUUGUUUUUUUUACAGCGCUCACUAUAACUUGCCGUAAGAAGCGAUGUUUUUUUGUUUGGAAGAUUUCAUCGUACCAGUGCGCCAGUUUGCCUGCUGAAGGUGCGUUUAGAGACUGAUUUUAUUUUAAUUGAUUGAAAUUUUCAGAGAACGUCUUGAGAGGUCGACGUGGAAGAAGUCAUCGGAAAACGCGAUCUCACCGGACCUCGAUCCCCCUCAAUGCACUGAGAAUUUGA